AUGAUAUUAGAUCCUUUUGGUGGAAGAAUGAGUCAAAUUUGCGAGUCUGAACUUCCAUUCCCACACAGGAAUGGGACAUUGUAUAACAUACAAUACUUGAUGAAUUGGAAGCACAAUAACCGAAAUGAGAGCAACAAGCAUAUUGAAUGGGUAAGAAGGCUCCAUAAGAAAAUGGAGCCAUUUGUUUCUCAAUCUCCUAAAGCUGCAUAUAUCAAUUACAGGGAUCUUGAUUUGGGGGUCAAUGGAGAGGGGUACAAGUAUGAAGAAGCAAAGACAUGGGGAGAAAUGUAUUUCAAAGACAAUUUUGAAAAGUUGGCAAGGAUAAAGAGUAAGGUUGAUCCUAACAACUUCUUUAGGAAUGAACAAAGUAUUCCACUUUUAUUUUGAGGCUAAAACAGCACAAAUAUGCAUUUGCGUAGUUUGCCUACCUUGAUAUACUUCUUUAUCAAAAUAC